GCCUUCAUUAGUUUUGCAAAGUUUAUUUUGGCAUAUUAGUUGUCAUCCAAUAGUAUGCGAUAAUCGUUGUCAUUAUCUAUAACCAUACCGAGCUCAUUAAGACCAGCACUACCUCAUUCAUCAGGCUAAUUCUCUUAACUCUCAAAGCUUUCUAUCAAUAGACCAAUCAGGCAGCGCCGAGAAAACGCUGCAAGUACACGUACGAGUAGUCAGGAAUGUAAUAACGAAAUUAUGCCAGAAUUGGAAUUAAAGAAAGCAGCUUUUUCCUAUUGGUUUAGGAACUUGACGAUGAGGAGUGUAAGUGCGUUAAUGAAUCCUAAUAAAGCCAUUUAUUGUUCCGAUUUGCUGGUCGACAAAAUGUUACACUUUACAAGACUCGUUUACGCUUGACUAGAGUUUGGCUACUGGCGCAAAUUUAGUAACACAUGGAUCGCUCACACGAAAAAAAAAAAAAAAAAAAAAAAAAAAAAAAAAAAAAAAAAAAAAAAAAAAAAAGAAGAAGAAGAAGAGGAAGUAACGAACUAUGAAGUAGAAAAUGGACAACUCUAACGGCAGUCGUUGUCGUUGUUAUCUCUUUGAUUCUCUUUCUCAGAUAUUUGUCGUAUGACUUAGUUUGUCCUUUACCCAUCAAAACCUUGUCGCAAGUGCGGGCCUUGCCUCGUUGUCAUGUAAAAGCGGACAGGUCCAGCUGUCGUUCUGCGCAUGUGUAGAAUGAAUUUUUUAAAUUGCGCAUGCGCAGCCGGUUGGGAACAGGUGCACGUCAAGUGCAAAUGUUGUUAACACAAUGAUAAUGAUUGUCCCUUUCUUUACGAGCACUUUGACUGCAUUUAAAGACGUCUUCACGUCAUGGUAGUAGUCUUCAGUACGAACUGAGUCAGCUCCAACAUGAAUCGCGACAGCUUGCUCAACAAGAAUCUUAGCCCUCCUCUCUCGCGGAUAUCCAUCUCCAAUGGUACAUCUCUUUCCAAUUCUUAUAUCAGCAAUUCUGGUGGAGGACAGUUCAGGGAACCAAGUUGGAUACCUUCAAUUCGUGGAUCCAACGGCUCGUUGUCGUUCCCUUCAAGAUCUACAAACCUGAUUCCACCUAGUGUUUUCGAUGCUUUUGAUGAUUCGCAUUUACUGUCAGCACCGCAGCCCGAUGCUUCGCCGAAGUACUUGUCUAAACAAUCGAAGCAAAGUUACUCCAUUCCUGGGCUACACACUUCUCACGCACCGGACACAUACGAUGCACAUGAUAUUUUGGACCAGAUAUCGGCUUCACUGCAACCCUCGUGUUCUGUCAGUGAUUCUUUUGAUAAAUCCUUCGAAACGCCAUCGCCCAUCAGCCUUUCUGCAGGACAUUUUCACUCUGCUCUCGUUCCCGCUAAUGAUGACAUGAACCCCAGAGAGUUGGAAUGGUUUGCCGAACGAUUCAAGCAGAGAAGAAUUAAGCUCGGGGUGACACAAGCCGAUGUAGGCACAGCUCUUGCACACUUGAAAAUACCUGGAGUUGGCUCUCUGAGCCAGUCAACAAUCUGCAGAUUCGAGUCUCUUACUCUAAGUCAUAAUAACAUGAUGGCCUUAAAGCCCGUUCUGACAGCCUGGCUAGAGGAAGCGGAAAAAGCUUACAAAACCAAACAGAUGAACAGUGCGUUUCUACCGAAUUCCGACAAGAAAAGAAAGCGUACCUCGAUCGGAGCAGCAGAAAAACGCUCUCUGGAAGCUUACUUUGCUAUGAACCCGCGCCCUUCGAGUGACAAGAUUUCUUCGAUAGCAGAGAAACUAGACCUAUCAAAAAACGUAGUUAGAGUUUGGUUUUGUAACCAACGACAAAAGAAAAAGCGAAUGAAGUUUUCUGUCCAUUGAUAAGCCCGAGAAUUCAAGAACUUUGGAAAGAAUAUUACUUCGGAUAUGAACAAGAUUGAAAGACAGUAACGGCUAUACAAGUCACAUUUGACUCAAAAUUUUAAUUAUAUACUUACUCUCCUGGACAAAAACGGGAAUUAUUGGCAUGGAGUUGUCAAUUUGCAUUUUGAAUUUAUAAACCAAGACUUGAACUUGGUUCCAGAACGUUUUAGUGAGAUAAAAAUAAGUUGAAAAAGAGUGAACGAAUUCAACCUGUGAGAGCCAUACAACUCGACACAAGGCUGGUUUAUUACUUGUAUUGAAAUUGUUUUGAAUAGCAAGCUUGAGGCGCAUAAACAUUGUUCAUGGAAUGGAAUGGACAUUAGCUUCAACAAGAGUGCUGGGGAAUUCCGUAACAUCAAUCAUUUCCGUUUCAUCUUGAAGAGAAAAGAAAAGUUUUUCUGUUCUACAUCGAUAAGAGACUCUUAUAAUCUUGUUUUUCUUGUUAUCGGGGAACUCAAGGUUAUCAAAGAAACUAACUUAGAAAAAACUACUGCGGUCCCACACCUGCCAUUCUAUAAAGAAAAUCCAAUUCGGUGUGUGUCAAUGAGUUAGAAUUAUAACAUAGCUAUAUGUAAAUUUGACCAGGUCUUUUACAAUGAGAUCUGUUAUUUUAAACAAUAUUGAAGUUUUAAAUUGAUGGCGCAGAAAAAAAAAAAGAAAAUUAUUCUCCCGAUUAACAGUGGACGAUAAUGAAUAUCGUUCAACUAAUAUUGGGAAAUACGAAGCAAGUAUAKGCCGUUUGGCUCGUCAGUGUACGACAAUUCACUACUAGCGAAGGAAGCGCACGAAUAUCUUGCUAGAGAUCAUUGGGAAUUCAUAGUAUGGAGUUUCAACGAAUUGACGGCACUGAAUUGAGCCGAUAAUAAUACUAAAUAUAUAUUUUGGAAUUUUGUAUCUCUAAGGAAUGUUUUAUGAGUCUGCGUCUAUUGGUGUAAAAUACAUAUGUAUACAUAUAACUUUAAUUAUAAAGCACCAAAUUUCGGCCUACUUUUCGUUCAUUGUUUUUUGUUUUUUUCAAAACUCAAAUUGAAAUUCAUCACCCGGGCCUGAAUUCAUUUGGCCCGUUGUUAAUUGUAGUAAAGGAUUUUUGUCUCUUUUGAAAAGUUUGUAAUGAAUUAUGCCUAAACAGGCCUCUAAGUUUUAAUAAAGCUAAGAGAACAUUUA